AUGUUCUUUUUGCUCAGAUCCCAGACGUUGAAGCACCUUCCACGUCCAGCAAUUCUUCGAAGAACCUUUCCCACGGCUCACCAAAGCACCGUGAUCUCUACGCGAAACAUGGCUACCGGUAAUUCAGCCAAAAUCACUGACUGGGUGAACCCCGCAGACAAGUCGGGCGAGUUCAAACGCCAGCAAUCCGUCUUCCGCAACUGGAUCUCUAGAGAGGCUGGUGCCCAGUUCCCUCCCGAGAAAGGCCGCUACCAUCUCUAUGUCUCAUACGCUUGUCCAUGGGCUCACCGGACUUUGAUUACUCGGAAGCUCAAGGGUCUCGAGGACUUCAUCACUUUCUCAUCCGUGCAUUGGCACCUCGGCGAAAAUGGUGAGAGCCUCUGUUCAUAUGCAAAUGACGAAAUGCUAAUCUAUCCAGGCUGGCGAUUCGCUACUGCUGAGGAGAAGAUUCCAGGAGAGAACACCAUCCCUGAUCCUCUGCACCCGGAGUUUACCCACAUUCGCCAGGUCUAUUUCUCCAAUGAUCCUGACUACACCGGACGGUUCACCGUCCCAGUCCUGUUUGAUAAGAAGACCAAGCUGAUCGUCAGCAACGAGAGUGCUGAAAUCAUCCGCAUGCUCUACCAUGAGUUCGAUGAUCUUCUCCCAGAGCAAUUCAAGAAUGUGGACCUCUUCCCGAAGGCCCUUCAGGCCGAUAUUGAUGCCUCCAACGACUGGAUCUAUAAUGACGUCAACAACGGCGUUUACAAGUCCGGCUUUGCAACCACCCAAGAAGCAUAUGAGAAGGCCGUGACGACGCUCUUCAGCUCCCUAGACAAGGUCGAGGCCCACCUUGCCAAACAGCAGGCUGCCUCCAAGCCCUACUUCUUCGGUGAUGAGAUCACCGAGGCUGAUAUCAGACUGUUCACUACUAUCAUUCGCUUCGACCCUGUUUACGUGCAACACUUCAAGUGCAACCUCCGUGACAUCCGCUCUGGAUUCCCGGCUAUCCAUCGUUGGGUCCGAAAGCUCUACUGGGAUGUGCCUGCUUUCCAUGAUACCACUCAAUUCGAGCAUAUCAAGUUCCACUAUACCAAGAGCCACAAGCAAAUUAACCCCUUCGGUAUCACUCCCCUGGGGCCGGUUCCCGAUAUCCUUCCCAAGGAAGAGGAGGUGGCCGCUGUGCAGGCAGCCAAAUAA